ACCACUGACUUUAAAUACACCUUGGAGACUGCCAUACUGUUGUAACCGAUGGUUUCUCUUUCACAGUUUUCCUCGUUUUCAAGUCUUCCUUUUUAUCUGCUGUUCUUGCUCCUAUGUGCUGCCGGAGGAAACUCCUCUGCUUCGUCUACACCUCCUGCCAAGAUUGGGAAAGGCUACCGUCUGAUCUCCAUUGAAGAGAUACCUGAUGGUGGCAUUGUGGGCCAUCUCCAAGUCAUCCAGAAGAACAAAAUCUACGGCCCUGAUAUCCCUCAUUUGCAGCUCUUUGUUAAGCAUGAGACUCAGGACAGAUUAAGGAUCCACAUCACUGACGCAGAGAAGCAGAGAUGGGAGGUACCGUACAAUCUCUUGCCGAGAGAACAACCUCCGAAGCUGAUGCAGACCAUUGCGAGGUCAAGUAAAAGCCCGAUAACUGUAUCGGAGUACUCGGGAUCCGAGCUCAUUGUCAGCUUCACCACUGAUCCAUUUGGGUUCGCGGUGAAGAGGAAAUCAAAUGGGCAAACCCUUUUCAACUCAAGCUCUGAUGCAUUAGAUCCAUUUGGGAACUUGGUGUUUAAGGACCAGUACCUUGAGAUUUCCACCAAGUUACCCAAAGAUGCCUCUCUGUACGGCCUGGGAGAGAACACUCAGCCACACGGGAUCAAGCUGUAUCCAAACGACCCUUACACUUUGUACACCACCGAUAUAUCGGCCAUCAAUCUUAACGCUGAUCUGUAUGGCUCGCAUCCGGUGUACAUGGAUCUUAGGAACAAUGGUGGAGAGCCCUCUGCACACGCGGUUCUGCUGCUAAACAGCAAUGGGAUGGAUGUGUUUUACCGAGGGAAUUCGUUGACGUACAAGGUUAUUGGCGGUGUCUUCGACUUUUACUUCUUUGCUGGGCCUACUCCUUUGAGUGUGGUUGAUCAAUACACUUCCCUUAUUGGCAGACCAGCUCCAAUGCCUUACUGGUCUCUUGGAUUCCACCAAUGCAGAUGGGGUUACCAUAAUCUAUCUGUAGUUGAAGAUGUUGUCGAGAACUACAAAAAGGCUAGAAUCCCACUUGAUGUGAUUUGGAAUGAUGAUGACCAUAUGGAUGGACACAAGGACUUCACCCUCAACCCAACCAACUACCCUCGUCCAAAGCUUUUGGCUUUCCUGGACAAAAUACAUAGCAUGGGUAUGAAAUACAUUGUCAUUAUUGAUCCUGGAAUUGGCGUUAAUUCCAGUUAUGGCGUAUAUCAAAGGGGCAUGGCCAAUGAUGUUUUCAUUAAGUAUGAGGGCGAACCCUACCUAGCUCAAGUUUGGCCAGGGGCUGUACACUUCCCUGACUUCCUUAACCCAAAAACUGUUUCAUGGUGGGGUGAUGAAGUCCGCCGCUUUCAUGAACUUGUCCCCGUUGAUGGUCUAUGGAUUGACAUGAACGAAGCUUCAAAUUUCUGUUCUGGAAAGUGCACAAUCCCUAAGGGCAAGCAAUGUCCAUCUGGCACUGGACCUGGUUGGAUAUGCUGCUUGGAUUGCAAGAACAUUACAAACACUAGAUGGGAUGAUCCUCCUUACAAGAUAAAUGCUUCAGGUUUGCAGGUGCCUAUAGGGUUCAAAACCAUAGCCACUAGUGCAGUUCAUUAUAAUGGCGUUUUGGAAUAUGAUGCUCACAGUCUCUAUGGCUUCUCUCAAUCCAUUGCAACUCACAAAGCCCUUCAAGGACUUGAGGGCAAGCGGCCGUUCAUAUUAUCUCGCUCCACUUUUGUGGGUUCAGGCAAAUAUGCUGCCCAUUGGACCGGUGAUAAUAAGGGAACUUGGGAAGAUUUGAAGUACUCAAUUUCCACUAUGCUCAAUUUUGGAAUAUUUGGGGUGCCAAUGGUUGGUUCAGAUAUAUGUGGGUUCUAUCCAGCGCCUACAGAAGAGCUUUGCAACCGCUGGAUUGAAGUUGGUGCUUUCUACCCCUUCUCAAGGGAUCAUGCAAACUACUAUUCCCCACGACAGGAGCUUUAUCAAUGGGAGUCAGUUGCUGAGUCUGCUCGAAAUGCUCUUGGCAUGAGGUAUAAACUCCUGCCUUACCUGUAUACCUUGAACUACGAGGCUCAUAUUAGCGGAGCACCGAUUGCCAGGCCACUUUUCUUUUCAUUCCCAAGUUACACUGAAUGUUAUGGGUUGAGCACCCAGUUCUUGCUGGGGAGCAGUCUCAUGGUAUCCCCAGUUCUUGAGCAAGGGAAGUCAAACGUUAAAGCACUGUUUCCCCCUGGUAGUUGGUACAGUUUAUUUGAUAUGACACAAACCAUUGCAUCAAAAGGGGGGCGCUAUGUUACACUGGAUGCACCUUUGCACGUGGUUAAUGUGCAUUUGUAUCAGAAUACCAUUCUUCCAAUGCAGCAAGGUGGCAUGAUUUCAAAGGAAGCUAGAAUGACACCUUUUAGCUUGAUUGUUACCUUCCCAGCAGGGGCUACUGAAGGAGAAGCCAAAGGGAAGCUUUUCCUUGAUGACGAUGAGCUUCCAGACAUGAAACUUGGAAACGGACGUUCCACUUAUAUUGAUUUCUAUGGAACCAUGACUAAAGGAACCGUGAAGGUUUGGUCAGAAGUCCAGGAGAGCAAGUUUGCCUUGGAUAAGGGUUGGCAUAUUGAGAAGAUCACAGUGCUGGGAUUAAAUGGAAGUGGAGAGGCAUCUUCAGUUGAGAUUGAUGGAAACCCUGUAAUGGGAGCUUCCAACAUAGAGAUGAACACAACAGAGCAGAAGUUCCAUGAGGAGCUGGAAGAUGGUGAUGGUAAGACGGAGACCGUGAUGGUAGAGAUCAAAGGUUUGUCACUCUCUGUAGGAAAGAACUUUGCCAUUUCCUGGAAAAUGGGGAUCAAAGGUUAAGGAGUUGGUUGAUAUGAGGUUAAUGACACCCCUGAUCGACUUCCUAUUUCGGAUUUUCCUCCUUCUGAGUGUUUGAAGUUUUUUUUAUUUUCUCACCGGGUUCAUGCUGGAGAGGAGAUGAGCUAAAAACAUGUUCAUCCAUUUUCAGGCAUAAAAGCCCCAGAGAGUGGGGUUUAUAUUAGCAUUGCCUGCUAAAGGCCCUCCUUCAAUCAUGUUGUAGCUUAAAAAGCCUUAAUGCAGAUGACGAUUUGAUCUUCA